AUGUCAUCGAUUGUGGAGUCUGUAGCAAGUCCGCCGGCAAGUUGGCCUGCUCCUAAUUACGAAAACCCAGAGACACGUGGGCACGCUGCUUUCUUCAUCGUCACCUCGGUUGUUACCACGGUUGUGGUUGCUCUAAGAUUGUACUCUCGACAUUACAUCCUUAGAUCUGUGGGCAUUGAUGAUAUACUGCUCCUUGCAGGUUAUGUAUUCUCAAUUGGCCAGACUCAUGCUGAGUACAAGGCCAUGACAACAUGGGGUUGGAAUACGCACCUUUGGGAUAUUCCACCCAAUCGUGUCGCCUAUGUUCGCCUCGCCGCCUGGCUGAUUGAGUUCUUCUUUCUGGUUGGAACUGCGUGCACGAAAAUUUCCAUCCUUCUAGUGUAUCGAAAGAUAUCGUCAGGUACUCACACGUUUUGGUUUAUCAGACUGACAUGGGCUGCCAUCGCAUUUACAGUAUUAUAUACGGUCGCUCUCUUAUUGGAGAUCUUCUUGAUCUGCCGCCCUUUGAGUUCGUACUGGAACUCCUACAAUCCUGCCUACUCCAAGAAGUUCCAAUGUGGCAAUGAACGUGCUCCUAUCAUUCUCGGCGCAGCUGCAUCAGUUUUCUCCGAUGUUUAUGCCUCCGCACUGCCUAUGUCGCUGACUGCAAGGCUGUCCCUCACAACCCGACAGCGUAUAGGCUUAUAUGUUCUCUUCUCUGCCGGCCUCCUUACUGCUGUCGUCGGGUGUGGAAGGCUCUACUUCCUCUCAAAAGUUACUAUAAAUUAUCAACCCGGUCCUGACACCUAUGACACCACCUGGCUGGGCUGGCCAACUUUCGUGAGUUUCCCGCCUCCCUGGACGAUCAGCGCUAAGAGUCAGCAGGCCUUAACUGAUCUGGAAGCCCAUCUAGCCAUCAUUUGCGCUUCAGCUCCCGCCCUGAAAGCGCUGUUCAAGCGGCGGGUUUCUCCUCAACUAUCCAAUAUUCAUGCAUCCAUUCGGACGAAUUCUUUUCGCCGCGCUCCAUCUCGCUCAUACCGAACGAACGGAAGUCAUCAUUCGGAGUCAACGAAACAACCGCAUGCACGUUCUUCACAUGCAACAUUUGAGUCCGAAUCACCUGCUAUCAAUGAGUGCGAGCAGGACAUUGAAAGCCUUUCUCUUCAAAGCUACAAUUUCGAUAAGCCAUUGGCAUCUCGGGCAGUCCGUAUCGGUGAGCUGCAACGGCGAUAG